AGCUGAUGAUCGCCGUGCUCAGUGUGGCUCUGGCAGGGGAAGAGGGUGGACGCACACCUGCCUCUCUCUUGCCUCACACACGCGGACGGACUCUCACCAUCACACCUCCUGUCACCAUCCGCUCACCAUCAACUGUGGGAAGGGCGGAGGCGAGGCGAGGGCACAGAUUGAUAAAGCAGAGACACAGAGGGGAGGAGAAAAGAAGACGUUUUAGGGAGACAGAGUGUUAACCUAGAUUUUAAGUUGGUAGCGUGCGUGAGUCUCGGAGCGGCCCUUGUAGUGGUGGUGGUGGUGAUGGUGAUGAGGUGAUGGUGACGGUGGUGAUCCCGUGUAUGUACGUUACUGCCGUUGAUGUGGAAAGCGUUGUGUGCGUCUCGCGAGAAUAUGUGCGUGUGUGUGCACCGUCCCUCCAUGUGCACUGCAAGAUAGACACGCCGGUGAUCAAUUUCAAGGGAACGAGAAAGAAAAAGUACAGCAAAUAUUGAGGCGCCACGGCCCCGUCAGACUUACAUUGUGUGUGCGCCGCAACAAACGCACAUCCAUACAUAUACGCACAUAACAGCGUGUGCACCCCAUCGUUGCGUGUGCACCUUGUACCUGCUACCCCUUUUCCUCAUUCAAACGACUCCCUCUAUUGUGUGCACGCUGGGCUGAAUGCCAUGUGCACUGACAGCCAGACACUCACAUAGACAUGCGACUCCCCGUGCACUCUAUAACAGCGUUGGCGGUGUUCGCCUGUGCCGGAUGGGCUCCGCUGGGCCUGGCGCGCCACCCCGCUACGCCCGCCACCCGCCGAGUCGCCUCCAAAAGACACCUCGCCCCGCCGCCACCUGCUCCUGCCCAGGCCCUCACUAAGGUGCCCCACAGCAAGGAGAGUACCGCCUCCACCACGCCCGCAGCCACUACUCUUACGGAUGAUGUCACAGCCGCCACAGAAGACGUUACAAGUGCCUCUACACUGCCGCCAGAUGACGCCGUGUCGCCCACCGUCACAGUAACUAGUCACGUGACGAUGCCCACCUCCCAGAUCGAUAAUGUCACUGACAGACCUACAGAUGAAAUUUUAUAUACCACUGUAGCACUCUUAAGUGACGUCACGGACUCCACAGACCCCGCAGAGGACGUCACAAGCACCACCACCACUAAUGAUGUCACGACCAUCACCACUGCCAGCACCACCACCACCAGUAUCAAUGACAUCGCCGCCAUCACGCCGCCCAGCAAUGCCCUCACAGCCGCUGGUGGUGGUGGUGGAAGUGAUGGUGAUGAUGGUGGUGAUGGCGGUGGUGGUGGUGGUGAUGGCUUAGGGGCUUUUGAGGGCAUAACUGGUAACGAGGAGCUGGAGUGGGAGGACGAGGAAGAUGACCGGCAGUUGUACGAGGCUGUGGUGACGAGUAUGGCUCAAUGGCACCUUCGCCGCUUGGCUAGGGAGAGACAAGGGCAUCGUCAGAAGAGGGACGAGGAGGUGGCUUGCUACUUCGAACUCGGCUGCUUCACAGACGAUGGGCCCUUUGAUUACCUGGACCUGCUGCCCUCCCCGCCCGACGAGAUCAACACCCGCUUCCUGCUGUACACGCGCGAGAGAGACAAGGAGACGGUGCUCAAGCCCUUCAACAUCUCCACCAUCGCUGACACUCACUUCAACGUGUCCAGACCCACCAAGCUGCUCAUCCACGGCUUCGGCUCCUCCUGUUACAGCAUGUGGAUCAAGGAAAUGCGCAUUGCUCUCCUGACGGUGAUGGACGUAAACAUUAUCUGCGUCAACUGGCAGAAGGGAGCCGAGCUUCCCAACUACGUGCGUGCCGCUAGCAACACGCGGGUCGUCGGCAGGCAGGUGGCGCUAUUCCUGGAGAGACUCACUGCCUUCCUCAACACCUCCCUCGACGACUUCCACCUGAUCGGGUUCUCCUUGGGUGCCCACGUCUCUGGUCACGCCGGCGCCACGCUUAAGAACCUCUCCAGGAUAUCAGGCCUCGAUCCAGCGGGGCCCCUCUUCGAGUCCUUCUCCCCCUCGGUGCGUCUGGAUCACACGGACGCGCGUUUCGUCGACGUGAUCCACACCAACGCCGACUCGCUCCUCAAGGGUGGCCUGGGCGCCUUCGAACCCAUGGGACACGUGGACUUCUACCCCAACGGCGGUAGGAUGCAGAAGGGAUGCGACAACCUCUUCAUUGGCGGCAUGUCUGAUAUCCUCUGGCCCACGGAGGGGGGCGGACGCUACCUCUGCAAUCACCGGCGGGGGUACAAGUACUACCUGAACUCGGUGGUGCCCAAGUGUCGCUUCCCGGCCUUCGUGUGUCGGGAUUACGAGACCUUCUUGCAGGGCGACUGCUUCCCCUGCAAGUCCUGCGGCGACAUGGGAUACUUUGCGAAUCAGGCGGAGGGGCGCGGCCAACUGUACCUCGUCACUAUGGACAUGGAGCCCUUCUGCGCCAACCAGUACAAAGUGACAGUGAAGCACUCCGGGGGGCCGCCAGCUGAGCCCGUCACCACCUACGGGCGCCUUGACAUCACCUUCAUAGCGGCGGACGGUCUCAACGAAACCCUCCGGUUGACGCAGAGUGAGGAUACCGCAAUGGAGGCUGGGGGCGCCACAGUCCGCAUCGUGGUGCCGCAUCCCAACCUGACAGACAUCCGCGCCGUGCAGCUGCGGUAUACGGCUUACCCCGGCUGGAUAUACUAUGGUUUCCAGCGUUGGGCCAUCGACGAGCUCUCUCUCAUGGAUAGCUUCGGCACCAUGAUGUCCUUCUGUCAUCGCGGCACCACUUUAGUGUCUGGCAAGGCAAUGCAUUUGUCUCUCCUUCCCGGCGAGUGUGACACUUCUGCAGAGCCCCCAGCACCUGCCCCAAAACCUCCCACCAAGAUCCCUCCUGCAGCCCCUGCCCCCACAUCCCCAUCAGGCAGCCGUCCUGCACUGCAGCCUCAGCACCCUCCCUUCCCACAAACCCCUCUCAAGGAGGGCGAGAAUGAGGUGAUGACUCUGCUGGGUGCCAAUCUCAGCCACCACCAGCCCAUUCCAUCGCCAGUGCUUCUGCCGGCCAAGCCCCACGCCAUCCUCACACCCCUUCACUCCCACCCUGUGCAUCCUGGGGUACAGCACACCCAUGAGGCACCCAAAAAGGACCUCACUCCCCAGCCCAGCCACCCAAAGACUCCCCCAGGACACCACAACAACCCAGCACCUCCCCAGCUUCCCCCUAGUGCCAAUUCCCACGGCCCUCGCCAUCCCAGUUACUAUCCCACCAAUUUGGCGCCCAACCUCCCCAACUCUCCCUUCAGUGGCCACUCCCCAAAUCUCAUCUCCAGUCAUUUCCUUGUCACGUCUUAUGGUGGACAUCUCUCCCGAGAGCCUUUUGGCAGCCGUCCUCCUGCUGUGAGUGUGGUGCCAGGGAAAGGCUGGGUUGCAGUCACGAGAGGCGAGCCAGUUAACAUCAUCCCUGCCCCUGAUCUGGGUCCUGGACACAACCUCCCCCAUCUCCCUGUCAGUGCUAAUACCCCACCCACAGUUCCUACCUCAGCUGCUACUCCUUCCACCAUUCCCACCUCUGAUGCCACCACCACAAGAACCACCACAAUUUCAGACUCAGAUAUUUCAGAUACAACAACUACUACUCCUACCACCAUUUCCACUACUAUUAGCAACAAGACUGAUAGUAAUAGUUCUACUCUUCUCACCACCAUGCCCACAUCCACCACCACACCCUUGCCACUAGAUGCCAGCACCACCUCAACCUUAAUAGCUUCUAACAAUGUCACUAUUACUGAAUCCACCACUAAGGACCUCAACACCACCAUUACCACAUUCACCACCACCACCACUGCUACUCCCACCUCAGAGCCUGCUGUGAGUUUAGAGAGGGUGUUUGUUAGCAUUGAAGUCGAUCCGAGCAAGAGUGACAAUGGGCAGGGACUGGAACACAUACUAGGAUUUCAGGAUGUUCCUCCCUCCCUAACCCAUCCUGGCAAGCUCCCCCAUGCACACCCCCAGACACAUCCCAGCCUCACCCCCAUCCUGUACACCAACAGCCUUAUUGAUGGCGAUGUUCCAGAUAGAGAGAGAGCACGGGCCCUCACCCUCACCUUCCCCAGGGCCCAGUCUCUUCCUCAUCCCGCCCCACAGUUUCAUGCCCCGGGUCCAGUCUAUGUUACUGGAGCCUGGGUAAGAAAAGGGCAAAACCCUCCAUCACGUCAGCCUCCAAUCCCCAGGUCCCAACAUCUUCCAGCCCAGCGACCCCUUCAGAGCCGAAGUCCUCAACAUCAGUCUAAUGUGGAUCACCAGCCUCAGCCUCGCCCACCACCAGGGCCUCAGACUCAGUCACUUCCAGUUCAAGGUCCCCAGCCUGAGGCAUCUCCACGUCCACAAUUCCUCUCAGGCUCAAGACUCCAGCCUCAGCUUCAGUCUCCAUCACCCAAACAGCCUCAGCACCCUUCACCUUCUGCCACAAGCCCAACUGCCCAGCCAGGUCAAGAGUCCCAACUACAACUAGACCCAGGGUCUCCUCACCAGGCACUCUCUGACCAGGCCUCACAACCCUUACCACCAUCUUCAAGUGUCCAUCCACAGAUGGCACCACCACCACCACCACCACCACCACCACCACCACCUAGCCUGAGACCUCACCCCAUGCCAUCCUUAAGUCCUCAACUUCAGUCUCAGCCCCCUUCAAGUCCUCAGCCUCAACCUCUCCAUCCACCACUCCCAGGGCCACAGCUACAACCAUCAGGCAUCCAGUCUCAAACUAAACCCCAAUCCCAAGCCCAACCCAAGUUACAGUCCCAAUCCCAAGCCCAACCCAAGUUACAGUCCCAAUCCCAAGCCCAACCCAAGUUACAGUCCCAAUCCCAAGCCCAACCCAAGUUACAGUCCCAAUCCCAAGCCCAAUCCAAGUUACAGUCCCAAUCCCAAGCCCAACCCAAGUUACAGUCUCAAUCCCAAGCCCAAUCCAAGUUACAGUCCCAGUCCCAAGCCCAAUCAAAGUUGCAGGCCCAGUCCCAAGUUCAAACCCAGGAUCAGUCCCAAGUUCAAACCCAGGAUCAGUCCCAAGUCCAGUCCCAGUUCCAUGUUCAGCCACAGACACAGUCUCAAGCCCAACCCUGGUCCAGGCCUCAAGCCCAGCCCCAGUCCAAAGUCCGGUUGCAACCUCAGUCCAAAGUUCAGCCCCAGUCCAAGGUUCAGUCCCAGCCCCAGUCUUUGCCACAGCCUCAGGUGCAGUCCCAUCCACAGUACCUGCCUCAGUCUCUUUCACCACCUACCAUCCAGUCCCCACCAGCCCUAAGCUCACCACAGCAGUCAGCUUUGAGUCCUCAGCCACAGCCACCCUCACGCGUCGGUUCCCAGAGGUACCUCCGCCAUGGCACACUUUUCCUCACGCAGUCCCUACAGGCACCAGGUCGCCAGACUCAGCCUCAUCCCAGUUCACAUACUACAGCUGGUUCUGCUGCUCACGCUCGAUCUCAGCAGACUCCACACCCACAGUCCCAACCACACCCAAGCUCAAGGCCUCAGUCCCCAUCCUCCACACCUGCUCCACCCUCCCAGUCCUUGCAGGCUCCUGCCAGCUCUCAGUGUGCUGAUUGUCCCACACACAGGGAAGACUCUCUUUCUGGCUCCUCCCAAGGGUGGCUGCCACCUCCACCUCCACCUCCACCACCAUCCCAGCCUCGGACACGUAACUUCUCCCCGCAGACCAUUGUGGGUCGAGGCUGGGCGCCACAGCCCAGUUCACAGUCCCAUCACUGGAUACGGCAGCACCCUCGACCCGAUGCGGUGGCCUCUCCUAGUAUCCCAGAACUGCAUCUUUCUGCCCCCAACCCACCACUUAACAGUCCCCCACAUCAGCAGCCACAGCAGCAGCAGGAACACUCAGAACUCCAGGAGCAUUCUGAAAGGCCCCAGGGGGAAGAGGAUCCACAGCACACUGUGGAUGACCGGUCCAUGCCUCUCUAUGUGCAACUGCUGCCACCCACCUUCAGGCAGCUUCCCCACCUUGAGUCACGACAGCAGCAGUUUGACACCCAAUCCAGGCAGCGUGCUGGGCGGGGUGGCUGGGGAAGGAGUCUAUCUGUGCCGGGUCCUGGAACACACAUGGGGAUGUUCACACCAGUGAUGAUGCGCCUGCAUGACCAUCCCAAGGCGCGCUACAUUCCCCUCAGACCCCAGCGCCACCAUCCCCUCCUCUCUUAAUUCUUCCCGUGUAUCACCUUAUUUAUUAAUCUUCAAAACUGCACGUGUGUGUGUGUGUGUGUAUGUGUCUGUGUGAAAGAGAGAGAGAGAGAGAGAGAGGGGUAUGGAAGGAAGUUGUUAACAGUUGGGCAAGGCAAGCCUCGUGUGACUGUCAUCUUCAUCUUGUUAUUUAUUGUUCUUGCUUGUGGUUGCCACUGAUGUAAUUUAUAAUUAUUGUUCUUCCUUGAUAUAUAAUUUAUAUGUUGUACCCCCCGUGAUAGUCUAUUUAGGUUGUUGCUGUUGUUGUCGUUAUACUUAUUUGUUGUAGAUGCAUUAUUAUUUAUUAUCAUCACUGAGGUAGUCGUGGUGGUGGGAGGGACAGCAGGUCAUGUCAUCCCCCACCACCUCCCCCAGCCCUGCUGCUCUCGCCAGGGGAGUCACGUGAUAGUAGAUGUAACGUAUUUAAUUCAAAAGGACUUUAGCUUCACUUUAAGGUGCAGCAUCAUCCAGUGUUGCUGAAGACUGAAGUUAAAUAAAAAAGGUUUAGUGAAAAUAUAAAUUAUAUUUAGACCAAUACAUUUUAUACACUAUGUA